UAGUGGUGAAUGGCUUUCACAACAAAAUAGCCGGUUCGCGGUUCGUCAGGGUUUGUCUCGUUCGUUAUUAAAUUUUACAUUAUUUUUUAUUUUCGGUUCCUCUGUACUCAGUCGUCGUUGCGUACGUACAGGAAAGCUAUACAUUUUCGAUAAUUCAAACCUUAUAAGUUCUGUGUUUUAACAAGCUAAACAAAUAAAUAAAUAAAUGAUAAAUAAAUUACAAAUUACAAAAAUGUCAAAUGUAACAAUUCAAUCCAUUGAUAGUUUCAGCAGCGAGGAUACGAGUUUUCCCGCAGCAAACCUUCUCUCGAAGGAAGCUCGUAAAUGGAAAUGUCGUGACCCAGGUGAGAGAAGUGCCUAUGUAGUGUUGCGUUUAGAAAAACUGCUUACCAUCAACGGAAUCGACAUCGGAAACGAACAUUCUGCUUUUAUCGAAGUGCUGGUCGGAAAAAGCGGCCCUUCCAGCCCUGAGUUCAAGGAAAUCCUGUUGUCAACGUCAUUUAUGACUCCGAUCGAAAGUCGAAACUCUACCAGUACCAAUCAAGUUCGAUGUUUCCCUCAAAACGCUCUCGUAGAAUCGGUUGCUCGAGAAAAGUGGGACCUCGUUAAGGUUAUCUGUACCCAGCCUUUCAAUAGUCGAGUACAGUAUGGAAUAGCUUUCAUUACACUACAUACAUCCUCUGUGGAUAGGAAGAAUAAAUCGCUAGUUCCGGAAAAAUUUAAACAGCAAAUACAAUCAGAAAUGCAGAAGAAUAGUUCCGCGAAAAAUCAUGAGCCAGCUCAACAGCAUGAAGAACCUAAAGUUUUGAAGCUGGGUCGGUUUACCCUACGUGAAGACUCUCCAGAUUCCGAUGGUGGAAGUACUUCAGCUACAACUUUGUUUUCACGAUGGAAAGAAUCUCGAGGGGAUUUGGGAACACCUAAGUUAACCAAAGAUGCCAGCACGGUAUCAACUAUUUCAACGGCUGCGGCAAUUCGGAAUGCGUCUACUCCAGGCGCGAUUAGGAAAACGCAGCUUACACCAUUGGUGAAAAAACCUGUUAUAACUCCGAAAGCAAAACCUCGACUUUUCGAUGAUGAUGACGAAGACGAACAAAUUAAACCACUUAAUAGAAAUCGAAAUGCUUUGCUUUACGACAAGGAAGACGAGAAACCCGACGAAAAAAUGGAGAAGAAGCUGGCAGAAGAUCGAGCUCGUCAACAGAAGGAAAAGUCGGCAAAAGAGAAUAAUGAAAAGGAAAAACGUGAACACUCCAAGUUGGAAAAGAAAGAAAAAUUGCACGAUUCAUCUUCGUCAAAGUUUAACGAUUUUUUGUUUGAAGAGACGUCCGCUUCCAUUAGCAAAAAUGAAACGAAAACCAGGGAAAUUGGAAAGACGGAGAUGUCUCCUGCGUCCACUAAAUUUAGUAAUGAUCAACAUUCUACAUCGUCGGGGAAAAACGAAAGAAAGCGGACCGAACCUAAUGAAACUCACAAAAGAGACGAGGACAAAGGUGAACGUAAAAAGCGUCCAUCGGAAUCACCUGCUUCGAAGGAUAGAUCUAACAACGAUGAACGAUCUAAGAAAAAGAAAUUGAAGUUACAAUCAAGUGACGAGGAGGAAGAGAACAAGGGUCACAAGAAACGGCUGCCGGCGAUCUAUAAGCCAUUCAACAAGUUACUGGAGAAUGUGGUACUGGUCAUCAGCGGAAUACAGAAUCCGGACCGAGCGAAUCUUCGCAGUCAAGCGUUGUCAAUGGGCGCUAAAUACAAAUCAGAUUGGGACUCGAGCUGCACACAUCUUAUCUGUGCAUUUAAAAACACGCCAAAGUACAACCAAGUUCACGGCAAUGGUAAGAUCGUCAAGAAAGAAUGGAUUGAACGGUGCCAUUCGGCGAGAAAACGUCUUUCGUGGCGCAAGUUUGCCCUGGAUUCGAACGACGCUCAGCAGACAGAUUCCGAGGGAGAAAUUAUCGAUAUAGCCAAGAAACCGUCCAUGGAAACUUCCAGCAGUAGAGAACAAGCAGGUGGAAGCAAAGCUCACAAGGAAACGGAUGCGGAAGCAUUAGCGCACUACGAUCUCGACGAUGUGGUUUUGGUUGAGGAUAGAGCCAUAGAAACCCACGAGAUUUCCGGGUCUGACACGGAAGAAGAAAUAGAGCGCGUGAAACAAAAACAAAAAAUGUAUAAUGAAAGCGCUAACAAAAUGUACGACAAGAGUACGGAGGAAGAUGAAGGUCAAACCUCUUCUGCCGAUAUCUCAACGCAAAUGGAUUUUUUCAAAGGGAAAGUUUUCUAUCUCGAUCCUGAAGUUGGUUCUGUCGAUGUUAUCAAAUUGGAACGAUACGUACAAUUGUAUAAAGGUAAGAUCACAAGUAAUGUUCUCGAGGCACAUUACUUGGUGACUCGCAACAAAAAACCAAUGCCAGGCAGUUUUACGGGAGAACUAAUAAAACCUCUCUGGAUCUACGAAUGUCACGAUAUGGAAUGUCUCAUACCUUCUACGCGGUAUCAUCCAUGAAUAUACAGGUAAUUGAACAUUACAUCCGUUGUCUUUAUGUAUUAUGACCGUUACGGUUCUGUAUUUAUUUGUUAGGUAUCUGAUUUUAAUUAAAACAAAGAUCACUUCAAAACAGAA